AUUGGAUACAAAGUUCUAUUUUAUAUUUAUGUCAGAUGUAAAUAAAAUUAGCUUUGUUAUUUUAGUUAUUGCUUUGCUUUAAAAAAACACUAGUUACCAGAUUUGUAAAUUGUCGCCCCAAAUUUGUGGCAUAUGUUAGUAAGUUAUUAAAUUCUUCUCCAGUAAAUGGCGUCAUGAGAGCCACGUACCAAAAUUAUAUGUACUACAAGAAAGCCCGCCAACGCUUUGCUUGCACAGUCUAUAGCAUAUUGUUCGUGUGGCUUGCCUUGACACUUAUGCAGAUUGCGGUGAUAGCCCUCGUAAUCGACGCAAGGUAUUUUUUUUAUAUGAACUACUACAUCAGCUUUAUAUUCUUUGGUGUGGGAAUUUUACUAUUUGGUUUAUUUAUAUUGUUUGAGACGUUGCGUUUCAUUAUCGUGCUUAACUUUGUUCUGGCCAUCAUAAUUGUUGAGUCUCAAAUUAUUGCGCUCUUCGCGUUAGUCGCACGUGUUUUUUGGAUUGAUGUUCUUGCAUUCUUUUCAAUUUGCUUUGUGCUGCUCUGGAUAUUUAUUUUAUUUGGUUCGAUUCUUCCCAGAGAUGCUGACCUUACUUUAGAUGUAGCCGUAGUUUUCAUUAUUGCCUUCGUUUUUCUGGCAAUUGGAAUAUUCUUUUUGAUGGUGCAUUUCGCUAUACCUCGGACUGGGUAUUACUCUUACCUAGUCUUCGAAAUCGCAAUUACUAUUAUGAUACUAGCUUUCGUAAUGUACCACGCACAAACCAUCAACGGCGGUCGAUUCGCGGAGAUGCGGCUAAAUGAUGCACUUUUGGGAUCAUUAAUUCUCUUCCACGACUUUCUCAUUAUUUAUUGGUUAACUUUCUAUUGGCAAAUCUUAGUGAGACCAUUCACGCCCAAUAAUUGGAUUCUCUUGACGUACAUAGAAGAUGUUACUACUGUUGCACCUUGUGCUCAUCAAAGUCCCGAGGUAACGGUAGGUCCGUUACCUCAAGAAACUAACGCUCCCGAUAAACCUCCAGUUCAGCCGCCAGCCCCAACGCCAAUUCCACCGCCAACUCAACCACCAAUUCCACCGCCAACUCAACCACCAAUUCCACCGCCAACUCAACCCCCAAUUCCACCGCCAACUCAACCACCAAUUCCACCGCCAACUCAACCACCAAUUCCACCGCCAACUCAACCACCAACUCAACCGCCAACCAAACCGCCAAUCAAACCGCCAGUUCGACCGCCAGUUCGACCGCCAGUUCGACCGCCAGUUCGACCGCCUAAACCUCCAGUUAAACCAUGGACAUGGGGUUAGAAAGCAGUAAACCGUGAGACAAAAAACCAAGCAGAACAUUAAGGCAACCAGAUCAUCGUCCACUUAAGCACCAUGCAUCAAGCUAAACCAGGCAUAUCUGGUGAAGACAUUUAAAUCGAUGAUGCUAUUUCAGGUCAAAAUCAAUGGAGAAACGGGACGUAGGAAUGGGGUACGUAGGCACCGAGAUCAGAAACAACGGAGACUUUUAGCUGACAAACAAACGGAUGCUAAUAACAAAUGCGGACUUACCGCAGUUUUCGCUAGAGGAUACGAAAAGAAGUAACGGUUGAAAAUAUAAACCGUGUUGCAAACAUGAAA